AUGAAGAGGAAAGUAGAAAGUGUUGAUCAAAGGAUAUAUAACCUAAUACACAAUUUGUUAGAGGAGAAAACAUCUGACAACAAGAAGCACUUGACAGAACAAGAAAUCGAUUCUUUGAACCAUGUGGCAUUGGCUAGAGAUCUCAGAGUAUCUGAGAUUUUGAGUUAUGUUCAAUUACAUGAUUUACCCAUGAGAAGAGUGAAGAAAAACACUUUGGAAAAGAACAUUGAAGAUGUAUUGAAGAUUGUCAAGGAUGAUGAAGCAGAAGAAUUUGGUGAUUUAAUAAGGGAUAGAGCCAUUCAGAAUGAAGAAUUUGAAAGUGAUCUGAAUCUCAUGGAUGCAAAGGAUACCAAUUCAUUGAACAAAUCUGUGGUUAGUGCAUGGACAACUCCUAAUGAAAACGGCAAUGUAGAAAACCCAGAAUUGGCUGACAAUGAAGAAGAAGAAGGAAAAGAAGAUAAAGAUUCUAAAAAGAGAAAAAGAAAAGAAUCAGCCAAGGCAAACAAGAAGUCUAAGAAAGACUAUACACCACCUGCUGUCAAGCUCAGCAACUUAGGAGGAAUGGAAAAAAUCACUACAGAAUUGAUGGAGUUAAUAGGUUUGCCUAUUUUACAUCCGGAGAUAUAUUUAUCCACAGGAGUUGAACCUCCAAGAGGUGUUCUUCUUUAUGGACCUCCUGGGUGUGGUAAAACAACUAUAGCUAAUGCUUUAGCUGGUGAAUUACAAGUUCCUUUCAUCAAUAUUUCAGCUCCAUCUAUUGUUUCUGGAAUGAGUGGAGAAAGUGAAAAGAAAUUGCGUGAAAUCUUCGAUGAUGCCAAAUCUAUGGCACCAUGUUUGAUAUUUAUGGAUGAAAUCGAUGCUAUUACACCUAAGAGAGAUGGUGGUGCACAAAGAGAAAUGGAAAGAAGAAUAGUUGCACAACUUUUAACAUUAAUGGAUGAAUUGACUUUGGAAAAAACUGAAGGAAAACCAGUUAUAGUGAUAGGUGCUACUAAUCGUCCCGAUUCCUUAGAUUCAGCUUUAAGAAGAGCUGGAAGAUUUGAUAGAGAAAUUUGUCUCAAUGUUCCAAGUGAAGACCAAAGGGUAUCAAUCUUAUCUGCCAUGACCAGUAAUCUUAAGAUCUCCAACAAAGAAUUAUUCAAUUUCAAGCAUUUAGCAAAACUAACCCCUGGAUUCGUUGGUGCAGAUUUGAAAUCUCUUGUUACUGCCGCAGGUAUUUUUGCUAUCAAGAGAAUAUUUGAAAGCUUAAGUGAGUUAGAACAAGAACAGGAAAUGGGAGACUCAAUGGAAAUUGAUAAUUUAUCAGACUUAGAAAAAUUAUCCAUCAUUCAAAAGUUCCUCAUCAAACACCCAGACCCUUUGACUAAUGAACAAUUGGAACCUUUGACCAUAGAAUUUCAAGAUUUCUUGAGUGCUUUACCUACUAUCCAACCAACGGCUAAAAGGGAAGGGUUUGCAACUGUUCCCGAUGUCACUUGGGCCAAUGUUGGGGCUUUACAUAAAAUUAGAAUGGAAUUACACAUGGCCAUCGUACAACCAAUAAAGAAACCAGAAUUGUACGAGAAAGUAGGUAUUACCGCUCCAUCAGGGGUUUUAAUGUGGGGACCCCCAGGGUGUGGUAAAACAUUAUUAGCCAAAGCGGUGGCCAAUGAAUCUCGUGCCAAUUUCAUCUCCAUCAAGGGUCCUGAGCUUUUAAACAAAUAUGUUGGGGAAUCAGAAAGAGCUAUUCGUCAAGUAUUUCAAAGGGCAAGAGCCUCAGUUCCUUGUAUUAUAUUUUUUGAUGAAUUGGAUGCUUUGGUUCCCAAAAGGGAUAAUUCCUUGAGUGAAUCCAGCUCCAGGGUUGUCAAUACCUUGUUAACCGAAUUAGAUGGUCUUAAUGAUAGAAAAGGUAUUUAUGUUAUUGGUGCUACCAAUAGGCCAGAUAUGAUUGAUCCUGCAAUGAUCAGACCAGGUAGAUUAGAUAAAUCUUUAUUCAUUGAAUUACCUACUUCAGAAGAAAGACAUGAUAUCUUAAAGACUUUAAUUUCUGUCAAUAAAACCCCAAUAGAUUCUUCCGUUGACUUCAAACUUAUUGUGAACGAUCACAAGUGUAGAAACUUCUCCGGUGCUGAUAUAUCAUCAUUAGUUAGAGAAGCUGGUGUUAUUGCUUUGAAAAAGAAAUUCUUCAGUAAUCAACAGAUAAAUCAAUUAGACAAGUCAGAGUUCCUUGAUGAAACCACCACCAACCUUGAUGAUGACAUCUUUGUCACCAUGGAUGAUUUCCAACAAGCAUUAAGUAGCAUCAAACCAAGUGUCAGUGAUGAAGAUAGAAGGAAGUUCGAAAGAUUGAACAGAAAGAUGGCACCAGUAGUGGAGAAAGUUGAGAAAACAGAGGAUUAG